AUGGGCACUGCGGAAGGGGAAACUGAAUUUGAACGAUACCGGAAGUACAAGGAAGGCAUGGGUGAGGACGAGUGGGCUCCAUUUUCUGCCAGGGAAGAGUGGGGUCUCGCUGAGUGGCUUGUAAAAAGCCUUGGGCAGACUCGAACCGAUGAAUUUCUAAAGUUACCGAUUACCCGAAACCGAAUGCAAGCUUCAUUCCACAACAACCAAUCAUUCCUCAAGAAGGUUGAUGAACUCCCGCAUGGAGCCGCCUGGAGCUGUAAGAAGAUUAGCGUUCAGGGAAAUAGAACGGACGAAAAAGGCGAACCGUUGCAUGAAGAUGUUGAACUGUGGAUGCGCAAUCCUGUAGAGUGCAUCAAGGACUUGAUCGGAAAUCCUUUGUUCAAGGAUCAAAUGGUGUACACACCUGCUCGCGCAUACACGGACUCUGCAGGACUCCACCGGGUGAAUAGACGACAUGUGGACUGCAGAUUGGUGGUGUGA